CAACAGCGAACCUCUCAGAGAUGCGAGUCAUUUCACCUCCUAGCCUAAUACUCCAUACCGCCGCCGACCGAUUCGCCUUGGAGCGAACCACCCAGGACCCACCCAGCUCAUGCACCGGACCGUACGGACUUGUGGGCGAGUCGUACGUAUGUCCCGGAGCACACUUGACGGAGAGUUUGAACUCUGUUGAGGUUUGUGGAAGCAGUCCGAAACUCCUGAAUCCACAUUCACACCCAUUAUCAAUCAUCACCCAUGGGUGUCGGAGGGAAAAAAUAAUACUAGUAAUGGUCAUUAUAUAAAGAAAAUAUAGAAAAUAUAAGAUAUAAAGGAUAUGAAAA